AAAAAAAGGUACAUCCAUUGUACAGUGUUUUGUUUCAUGUGUGGUGUAAGGAGAUAAGUAAUGUGGUGUCUUUCAUGCGUCUCUUCUCCAACUAAUUCAGAACCAAUGGCUGCUAUCAGGAAAAAGCUGGUGAUCGUUGGCGAUGGUGCCUGCGGUAAAACCUGUCUGUUGAUCGUCUUCAGCAAGGAUCAGUUCCCGGAGGUGUAUGUGCCGACCGUGUUCGAGAACUACGUGGCCGACAUCGAAGUCGACGGCAAGCAGGUCGAGCUGGCGCUAUGGGACACGGCUGGACAGGAAGAUUACGACAGACUGAGACCGCUGAGCUAUCCAGAUACCGACGUUAUUCUCAUGUGUUUCUCUGUUGAUUCGCCCGAUUCGCUGGAGAACAUCCCCGAAAAAUGGACACCUGAGGUCAAGCAUUUCUGCCCUAAUGUACCCAUCAUUUUAGUUGGUAACAAGAAAGAUCUCAGAAAUGACUCUCACACUAUUAAGGAAUUGGCCAAAAUGAAGCAGGAGCCAGUCAAGCCACAGGAGGGACGUGCGAUGGCUGAAAAAAUAAAUGCAUUCGCUUAUUUAGAGUGUUCGGCCAAGUCCAAGGAAGGCGUCCGUGAGGUGUUCGAAACGGCUACGAGAGCAGCGUUACAGGUCAAAAAGAAGAAGAAGAGUAAAUGUGUUCUGCUCUAAAAGAGCAAAGCCAGCAUUGUGCUCCUAUUGCGAUGUGUUGCGCGCAUAAACACUGAGCUGAUGAUGAGA